CUCGCAGCCUUCUAUGGCGUUCAAUCGCAGAUCCAAGAACUAUCCAGUAAUCUCACUGCAAGCCAUGCCGUUAAGGAUUGGUUGAACAAACUCUCUGAUGCAGCCCACGUGCUCGAUGAUAUGCUGGAUGAGUGUUCAAUAAAAUUCAACGCUCUGCAAAUCCCGCACAGAAAUUGUUUUUCUUGUUUCAAUCCGGAGAUGAUUUUGUUUCGUUUUGAUAUUGGUAAGAGGAUGAAAGCUACUAGAGAUAGGUUCCUCCAGAUUGAUGAAGAAAGAAGAAGGUUUGAGUUGCAGCCAGGGGUUGUAGAGAGGCUUCAAGAAGAUGAGGAAUGGCGCCAGACGAGUUCUCUCAUCACGGAGCAGAAAAUUUAUGGUAGACACCAGGACAUAGAGACUAUUGUGGAGCUUCUUUCAACGGGUGCUGGUGAUGGUGAUGGUGAAGAUCUUGCUGUGUAUCCCAUUGUUGGGGUUGGUGGACUUGGAAAAACAACACUUGCUCCAUGGGUCUUCAAUGACGAAAGGGUAAUCAAACAUUUUGAUUUUAGAAUCUGGGUUUGUGUUUUCAAUAUGAUGAGAAUUUUGAAGUCAAUUGUAGAGUCUGCCACUAAAAAGAACCCGGACCUAUUUACUCUGGAAGUGAUGCAAAAGAGAGUUCAGGAAGAGUUGCUAGGCAAAAAGUGCUAGAUUGUUCUUGAUGAUGUGUGGAAUGAAGAUCAAGAUAAAUGGGAGAAGUUGAAGUAUACCUUGCAAUGUGGAAGUGGAACUAAUGG